AAAGAGGAGGGGAAUUUUGUAGCUAGCUACUAGGGUUUGCUUGCUCAUCGCCUCCUCCCCUCCCCAUCGGCUAGGGCUAGCUAUGAUCCCCAACUCGUCGUCCCCUCCCCUCCUCGUACUCUGAAUCUUCUUCGCAAUCGAAUUCGGAUUCGAUUGGGAGGGGAACAAAUCCACCGCACCCACCCCGCGCCGCCCUACAUACUAUGGUUCACGCCCCGCGCCGCCCAUCGCCGUCGUCCUCCUCGCCGAUGCUCCGCAAGAACCUCCGCGCGCUCGGCCCCGGCUUGAAUCCCUUCGCUCCCUUCGGCAUGGGCAACUACUCCCUUGCUUCCUCCUCCCGCUAAUCAUCUCCUCGAAUCCUCUCCUCCGAUUCCGAUCUCUGCCCCUCGAUUUCUGCUGCUGCUGCUGAUAAAUCCCGUCCCGGCUGCUUCCUCGCUCGCGAAUCGCCUCCUCCUGUCUGUUUCCUUGCUCCAUUGGUUUGGAUCUGAGAGCCGUCGCGGGCUACAAGAACAGCAUGGUGCAGGUGCGCAGGUCGCUCAGCAUGAGCCGCCUCCGGGGCUGCCACGCCGCUGAUGACCGCGGCUGGAACCCGCUCCAUGUUGCCGCUCGCAAGGGAGACCUCAUGGAGGUCCGACGUCUCCUGGAUGAGGGGAUGGACGUCAAUGCACCUGCAUGGGGACCGAAAUCUCCAGGUGCUACCCCGCUCCAUCUGGCUGCUCAGGGCGGGCAUGUUAAAAUCAUGGAUGAACUACUGGAGCGUGGUGCAAAUAUUGAUGCUCGAACAAAAGGGGCCUGCGGCUGGACACCUCUACACAUUGCUGCCAAGGAAAGGAACAAGAAAGCUGUGAGAUUCCUGAUUGAGAAUGGUGCAUUCCUGCCUCCUGAGAUGAACGAUCACAGGUUCAAUCCUCCCCUCCAUUACUGCUCUGGAUUAGAAUGGGCCUAUGAGAUGAAGCGCAUGCAAGACGAGAGUGACUCCCCUGGCGAGACCUCCUUAAGCUCGGAUGACUAGAUGGAAAGCAGGUGCAUUGGGAGGGGAUGCAGUUUGAGAAGAUGGAUCGAGUCAACAUCACAGCGAGUGGUUAUUCUUGAAUUGUAUGCGCAUCAUCAUUGAGCUGCUUGAUGUCCCAGAAAUUGCCACGUUGGCAAGUACAAUGCAUGUAGUCUGCUGCUUUGAAUGAUUGUUGUCGGAUGAUACCGUACAUGUACUCUGCUGGAAGGGUCCUUGUACUCUGUUAUUGCGCUGUAUUCUUGUGCAUUUGUACCGGUACGUGUAUGCACAUGUCAAGAUACGUGUGAACAUGUUGAUAUGCCCAUCUGGUUAAUCAUUAAUUUUGGUCGGUUCCUAGUU